ACAAAAUUACAUAACCACAAACCGAGAGAGGCAUUUCACAAAAAUCAACAAAACAACUCGAUUCGCUUUUGAUAGAUGAUUUAAAUUCUAUUAAGUAUUUCUUUAAUAAUACAGUCAGUUCGAUUUCAUUUCUACCUUAAUUGCUAGCACACGAUAAGCAAGGAAUGUCCUUACUACAGAUUGUGCGCCGUCUGCAGCCGGCCAAGUUUUCGGUGAUGGCUAUACGGCGGGUGAGCAGCAUGUACGAACCGGAUUAUUUGGAGAAACUUCGCCCCAAAUAUCCACUCUACAACACCCUGAACUUCACCAUCAAAGGCUACGACUAUCCGAUUCUCGAAAGCUACCAGCGCUUCGUGCACAACGUGGCCGAUUCGAUGGAUCUGGACGUGCUGGACAGUUGGGCUCAGCCGCCGCAGAAGUUCAACGUCCAAAAGUUCAAACCGGCCUCGGCCGUCAUCGAGAGCGACUACAAGCUAACGGUCUACGAGCGAAAUCUGCAGAUCGGUAACCUGCAAGCCCCCCUCUAUCCGGUACUGGUACGCCUCUUGCAGGGAGCUCUGCCGGAGGGUGUUACCCUAACGAUCAGCGAGCAUUCGGACCAAGUGGACGAGGGACGAUAUGUGCCGGAUCGGGAUCUACUGGAUUUGAAACAAAAACUUGAGGAAAUGGGAGGCUCUCGGGAGAAGAAAUGAAUCGUUGUUUGGAUAAAGUGAAUAAAUGAAAAUGAAAUCAUCAA